CGUUGGUGCAGUCUGGUUUCUCACUGAAACACGCUGGCUCUCAUUCCAUGUGCUUUUUUUGUGAAUAUUAAUUUUUUCAAAGUAUUUUAAUCUUUGAUAAGUGGUGGUUAUCAUAUUAAAGAGAAGAGUUAUCACAUGGUAAAGUUCGUCUAGAAAUUGAGCAUCAUGCAGAACGACGAUAUUGUGUGGGGGAUUAUUAAUAAAGCCUUUUGCUCGUAUAAAGUCAACACAAAAACGCACAAAUUUUGUCGCAAUGAAUACAAUCUGACGGGACUUUGCAGCCGUGUUUCGUGUCCUUUGGCCAACAGUCAGUACGCCACGGUUCGAGAGGAAAAUGGAGUUUGUUUCCUCUACAUGAAAACUGUUGAAAGGGCUGCUUUUCCCAACAAGAUGUGGGAGAAGGUGAAAUUGUCGCGAAAUUUGGAGAAGGCGAUUACUCAGAUAAACGAAAAUCUAGUAUUUUGGCCGAAUUACGUGAGGCAAAAGUGUAAACAGCGGUUAUUAAAGAUUACACAGUAUAUCAUUCGGAUGAGGAAGUUACGACUGAAGAAUACGAAGAAAUUGGUCCCCAUCCAGCGCAAAGUUGAGCGUCGGGAGAAUCGCAGGGAACAAAAAGCCCUUGUCGCCGCCCGGCUGGACAACGUUAUCGAAGCGAGUUUACUGGAUCGUUUGAAACAGGGCGUCUACGGAGAAAUUUACAACUUUCCAAAAUUAGCGUUUGACAAAGCCGUCGAACAAGAUGUGGAGAGUGAAGAGGAAGACGUAGACGAGGAGGAGGAGGACGAGGAAGAGGUCGAAAUUGACAAAGAAGUUGAAGCAGAAUUAGAAAAGGAAAUGGAGGAGGAGGAAGAAGAGUUGGAGCGAGUGUUCGUCGCAGCGGACGAUUUUGAAGAAAGUGACGCAUCCGAUAUCGAGGAAAUGACUUUUGAGUCUCCCAAGAAAAACAAGACGCCAACCCCGGAAGCAGCCUCCUCGUCUAAAAAGAGGAAGAGGACAGGGAAGAAACAGAUUGAAAUCGAGUAUGAAAUGGAAAUGGAGACGGUUUAAUAUGUGUGCAUUUUUUGAUCGGAAUUAUAUAUCUUUAAUUUUUUGUUAAAUAAAUUUUCGACUAUGUAAAACAUA